AUGAUAUCCAAGAGCUCUUGCCGCCAGAAGCAGCCUCCGGGGGGAUGUUUACUGACUUUCCCUGCACGACCGCCACCCCGGGCCUUGCCGGCCGGCGAAGAAACGGAUCGACAGUCGAGCACCGGCCGGUCGGCACUCCACCGUCGACGGUCUCACCGGAAAUCUCGAACUGGCUGUCGUAUCUGUAAAGAACGGCGGGUCAAAUGUGACGAAACAAAGCCACAGUGUCGCCGAUGCCAGAUCUACGGCAUCACCUGCGACUUUGCGCCGCCGCAGACGGCCCCAGAACGAAACGGCGCACUGGCCUUGGAUGCGAUGACUGCCAACGUCAAUACCGUCCUCCACAACGACCGGCGCUCACCCGCCUUUGCGACGUCGACCCGAUCGCUGGGAUUGGCCACACUGGCUCAUUUUGUAGAGAUGGUGGGGGCGCGCCAGACGGCGUACGCCCCGAUCAAACAGGUCCUGCGGGAUCGCACCAUUCCCCUGGCGUUGACAGAACCUUGCUUGCUGCACGCCAUGCUAGCGGUCGCCAGCACGCAUCAAGCCCAUCUCACGCCCGGCGACUCGCAUCGAAGCCUGGUGGCGAUGCGAUUCCGCCAGACGUCCGUUCACGUAUACCGACUCAAGCUGCAGGAGCCAAUCACUCGCGCCAAUAUGGACAUGCUUCUGACCACCUGCAUGCUCGUCGCCAUGUUCUCCUUCUCCGCGCCGAGUGUCAGCCCUCGCCACUCCUGGAUCUUUUCGGACGACCCCGGUGCCUUGAAUUGGCUGCUCAUCCAGGGCGGGCUGGCCUGCCUCAUCGAUUGCAUCAAGCCGUGGGUUGACGAGAGCAUCUGGCGUGAUGCGUUCCUGAUCUCCAGCGCCUACGAGCUGUACGACGACCAUCGCACGGGGCGAGAAGGUCUCGACGCGGAGUUGGCCGACCUCUGCGACAUCUCCGACACGACGACCGAGGAGACCAACCCGUAUCACUGGCCGUUGCGGAUGCUGAGCCCCUUGCUGCGCCUGCCUCUCACCAAGCUCGACCCGAAUCGUAUCUCGAGCUUUAUGGGCCGACUUCCGCCGCACUAUCUGUGUCUGGUACAAACGAAGGACCCGAGGGCGCUGCUGCUGCUGGGCUACUGGCUGGCCGUGAUGUGUUCCGUGCAUGACUGGUGGAUCGACGCGCGAGUUCGGUCCGAGUGCCAGGCCAUCUGCAUGUAUCUGGAAGCAUCGGGUGACGGACGCGUGGCGGAGUUGCUGGAUUUUCCGGCGUCGGCGUGUGGGUAUAGGUCGAUGCUCUAG